AGAGACUGGAACAGAGAAAAAGAGGUUAGGAUGGGGAAGAACCAUCGACAGAUGGACUCUGUUGUGAUUAAAGAUGGCGGCAGUCUUUACUGCAGACUACGAAGGACUAUAUUCGUUCCCUAGAAAAUCGGUGGGAGUUGUCUGCGGUUCAGCUCAGCAGAACCAAGAAGCACACAGUAAGGAACAAAUGGAUGGUAAAGAUAAGGUGCUAUGGCAACAUUCCACUCAAGAUGGGCCUUUUUAUUUUGUGGAAUUGAGAAUGUCUUCACCUUUACUGCAGCAAGGUGUGCUAAAUGACCGUGCAAUGGCAUCCUCAAUGAAAGGAUGCACAGCUGGAGGAUGCAUGAGGACGAUAAUCAAACUCAAGGAGUUUUUUCACAGCAGCACAACUAGAAUUCUGGAUCGCGUAGUCGUGCAUUGUGGGCUCUACGGGGAAGUGGCAUAUGGAUGCUGGGACUAUGAGCAUAAGCGACAAGAGGGGCUACAUAGCAGAACUGGGAGGCAGCUUUACGGAGGACGCUCCCAGACCUCCGGUCCCUGGGGAAGAAGGAGAGUUGGUGUGCAGUGACGGGCGCCAGCACAGCAGCAUCAGCUUCUCCUUAAAGAAUGAGAGCCUCAAAUGUGAAGCGAUUGUGGCUACGCCCAGGCGAUCUGACUUGGAUCUGGGUUACGAGCCAGAGGGCAGCGCUUCACCAACACCACCCUACUUAAAAUGGGCAGAGUCUCUUCAUUCCCUCCUGGAUGACCAGGAUGGCAUCCAUCUGUUCAGGAAGUUCCUCAAGCAGGAAGAGUGUGCAGACAUGUUGGACUUCUGGUUUGCGUGCAGUGGCUUUCGCAAACUUGAAGCUAACGAGGGCAACGAGGAGAAGAAGGUCAAACUGGCAAAGGCCAUCUAUAAGAAGUAUAUCCUGGACAACAAUGGGAUUGUCUCCAGACAGAUCAAACCAGCCACCAAGUCCUUUAUCAAAGACUGUUUGAUGAGGCUUCACAUUGAUCCUGCGAUGUUUGACCAGGCUCAGACUGAAAUACAGACCAUAAUGGAGGAAAACUCCUACCCACUCUUCCUAAAGUCUGACAUUUAUUUGGAAUACACAAGGACAGGAGGAGAGAGCCCUAAGCUGUACAGCGACCAGAGCUCCGUUUCUGGAAAUGGAAAAGGACUUUCGAGUUAUUUGCCGACUUUAAACGAAUAUGAGGAAUGGAGAUGCGACCAAGGGCCAGAGGAGCAGUCUGAGUGUGACCCCACACCAAGCAGCCAGCUCGCUCAGAAACUGUUAAUGGAGAUGGUACCACAGCGAGUUGCCAACAGCUCAAGAUUUGAGGACAGUCACGAGUACAGGCGUGCGCCAUGCCGGGAGCUUAUCAACCCAUACUAUGUCAACACUGGUCAUGUUAUGGCUCCGGUCACCAGUGCCAAUGAUAGCGAGCAGCAGAGCAUGUCCAGUGAUGCAGACACACUUUCCCUCACAGACAGCAGUGUAGAUGGGGUUCCACCGUACCGACACCGCAAACAGCAUCGCCGGGAGAUGCACGAAAGUGCCAAAGCAAAUGGGCGAGUGCCACUACCUCAUUUUCCACGCACAAACCGGAUUCCAAAGGAUAUACAUGUGGAGCCGCAAAGGUUUGCUGCAGAGCUGAUCAGGAGGCUGGAGGGCGUGCUGAGGGAGCGGGAGGCUGAGGAGAAACUAGAGGAACGGCUGAAGAGAGUACGACUGGAGGAGGAAGGUGAUGAAGUCCACAUGGCCACAGCUCCAUCAUUAUCCAGUCACAGGUUUCCCCCUGGUGCAUAUUCCCAGAAUUACAACUCUCAUUACGCUGACAUCCCCUACAGUAGUCCUUUUCUCAGAGACGCUCAUGAGGAAAACCCUGAGAGCAUCUUGGAUGACCAUGUCCAGCGGGUGAUGAAGACACCCGGCUGUCAGUCUCCAGGAACAGGCCGCCACUCUCCUAAGUCGCGCUCACCAGAUGGUUUCCCAGGAGUCAAAGGCAUCUGUGAGUCAGGUCAGGGUAAACAUCCAACCAGGCACAGUUUCAAAGGAGAGGCCAGCCACCUGUACCACCACAAACACCAAAUCCAUUACACAGGCGUGGGGAAGCCCAAAGAGCAUGUUGAGGCAGAGGCUACCAUGCGUGUGCAUGGUGGUUCUCCGUGGAGCAUGGAGACAAGUCAUUAUGGCUCAAAAUCUCGCAGCUAUGCAGAUGGCAUGGGAUCCAAUCUCUCGGAGCAUACAGGGUACAGCAAAAGUGGCUCACAGUGUAAGAGAGCAUUGAAGAAGGGUGAAGAAGUGCGGCCCUAUGACAUGCCAGGGCCUGCAGAGGAGAUGGAGAAAAACCAGAAAAUCCUUUUGUGGCUGAUGGAAGGACAGAAAGAAAUGGUUCAACACAAGAGGAGUCCCUUCGGGAGUGUCAGCGGAUCCAAGAAGACCACGGGCCAUGAGGGAUCCCGCCUCAGCUCUGUGGACAGAUCAGGAGCCAUGCAUCCGUGCCUCAGCGCUCAGCUGCGCAGCAACGUGCAGCCAUCUCACCCUUUCAUCCAGGACCCCACCAUGCCCCCGAACCCAGCUCCCAGCCCCCUCAUCCAGCUGGAGGAAGUUUGCAGGCGGCUAGAAGAGGAGAAAAUCAAACCUGGAGGCUUACAGCCCAAGCAGAGGUAUGUGAUGGAGGUGAUCCAGAGGGGUCGCACGGCAGUCAGGCCUGCACUAUUCCCUCCGCUCAACGUGGUGCCCGCCGUUUCAGACAGCGAGCUCUCCGAGCCCGAACAUAAAGCCACUAAAAAGCAGCCGUGUGAAAACAUUACAGUGGCGUACUACUUCUGUGAGGAGCUGAUACCGUACAGGACGUCUGUCAAAGGGAGGGUCGUCACACUGGGCCAGUUCAAAGAACUGCUUACGAAGAAAGGCAGUUACAGGUAUUAUUUUAAGAAGGUGAGUGAUGAGUUUGACUGUGGGGUGGUGUUUGAAGAAGUACGUGAAGAUGAUGCCAUCUUGCCAAUUUUCAAAGAGAAGAUAAUUGGGAAAGUGGAAAAAGUUGAUUGAAGUGGAUGUAAAAGAGGAAAGAGUGAGCAAAUGAUGGGCCGAGGAGGAGGUGGAGGUGACGGGGAAGUGUUUUCAGAUGGAGACCAGAGGAAAGUGAUGAAGAGACGGAUGGAGAGUGGAACUGCAGCGGAUUGGCCGAAAUAAAAAGACCUCAUUCAUUUGUUGGAGUGUAAUGUAGCAUUGUAAAGUUUACUAGAUAGAUGAAGAACAGAAGUGCUACUAAAGCAACAUAUUUUUUAUAAAGAUGUAUCAAAAGGUUUCCUUUUUAAAGUAACCACACUUGUCAUUUUUAUAUGUAUUGAUGCCAGAUGUGUACAGUUUGUGUUAAAGGAUAACAAAAUUUUAUAUCUAUUUAAGUAUUUAAAACACAAAUUUUCGAUUUUAUUACAGCAUUGCCCCUGUAAAUCUUUUUAAUAGGGCUGAUAUUUGUUGAUUGUUUCUUCUGGACUAAUGUUUGUGUUCUUUAAAGUGCUUUUAAUACUUAAAAGAACUCCUUUUUGUGACAUUCAUUCGUACAGCUUGUCCAUUGUGUCAUAAUGUUUACCACUGACUAAUUCUUGGUGUAGGUUUUCUAAAUAACAGAGCCAUGAGUAACCAGAGAAGCAGAAGCAGUUGAACAGUAAUGCAAUCCACUGUGUCUUAAAGAAGGGCUUUAAUGAAGCUUGUGGUCCUGUCUAGGAAGGUCCUCAUUUAUCCAGGUCACAUUAUCCAACACAGGUUGAAUCAUGUCGGCUGGACUGGGAUGUUUUGCAAGCAUCCAGAAGAGCUUCUUCAGUUCUGAUGGAAAUAGUGAGAGAUUUCACAACAUCAAAGGACAUUGACAGAAAACUUUAAUAUAUAAUUAAGAACUGUUUAGAUUGUUAUGUAAAAACUUA